CCCCUUCGUGGCGACCGCUGCAAACUGCACUCUGUUUACGGUCACCUUGGCAACUAUCACUUCUGGUGCUGGUCACGAUCAGAAAAGUUCCCGAAAGUGGCUGCAAAUGUUAUAAAUUACUCCAUAUUGUUUGGGAUAAUCAAGAUUAGAAAUGGAUACGUCGGUGGUGCUGCCCGUUGAAGCUGAGGGGUUUAUUCAAAGUCUGAAAACUUUCUCUCUCAAAGAUGUGGGCUCUGCGAGGUGGUUCAGACAACAUGAGUAUAUUGAGAAACUAAACAUGCAGGCCAUACUGAAUGCUUCGGCCAUGCACGAUGAGUUUGUCAAGGAGCUCCUGGUGUCCUUCGGAAAGAUACCUGUCCUGGUCCAUGAGAUGAUCCUUUCGGAGGUGUGGAAGCAGAAAGUGUUCCCUAUCUUAUGCCAGCUGCAAGACUUCAACCCUAAGAGCACCUUUCAUCUCUACAUGCUGAUCCACCAUGAAGCUACAAUCAUUAACCUGUUUGAAACAAUAUUGUUUCAUAAGGAUUCAUGUGAGGCAGCUGAUGAUUCUCUUCUUGACUUGGUGGAUUACUGCCAUCGUAAACUCACUCUGCUGGCCAGCGAAGCAACCAAGGACUAUGCUGUGGUUAAUGAUCGACAGAUGUCCUCUAUAGAGGAGCUGCAGGCGCAGAGUGUUGCACUGGAGUUUGAAAUCUCUCUGAAAGCUGUAUCUGUGCUGAGCUACAUCGCAAAUCACACUGACAGCAUUAGCGUCAUCAAUCGUAUGCUUUGCACGCACAAUAUGCCUUGUCUGCUGGUUCAGCUGAUAGAGUCCUGCCCUUGGAGUCGGAACAAAAAAGGUGAAGUAGAAAAGUACAUUAAUGGCAAAUGGCAGAGGAUUCCUGCUGAGGACCAUUUGAAGAUGACCAAACUUGACGGCCAAGUCUGGCUGGCUCUUUACAGUUUGAUACUAAAGGAAGACUGCCAUAGGAAAUACGACUUCAACAAUUUUAACAAGAACCAGCUUCUAAAGCUCAGGGGUUUCUUGACAGACGUGCUGAUCGAUCAGUUACCGAACCUGGUUGAGCUUCAGCGCUUCCUGGCUCAUCUUGCUGUUACAGACCCAGCCCCGCCAAAGAAAGAGCUCAUUUUGGAACAGAUCCCAGAAACGUGGAGCCAGAUUGUCAGAGACAAUUCCGGGAAGUGGAAAGCAAUAGCUAAAUAUCAGGUCAAAGAAACGUUCAGCCCAUCUGACAGUGACUUGCAACAACAGGCCCAGAGGUUGGCCCGAACAUACGACUUGGCUGUGAUGGAGCGUUUGCUCCCAGAGAAACCAAAGUGUGGAUCCUGUGGUAAAGAAGCUUCAAAGAAAUGCUCUCGGUGCCAGGGAGAGUGGUACUGUAACAGACAAUGUCAGGUAAAGCACUGGCCUAAACACAAGAAGGCUUGUCAGCUCAUGACUGAGACCAUGGAGAAGAUCCAGGGGGACCUGCAGAUAAAGAGCUGAGAUUAACUGGAGGCCAAUGAAAGGAACAAACAUAUAAAGACAUAAAGCAUCUGCCUCUGUAUGAUGCUGAAACAUAACAUUUUAUUUGAACAUUUGUCCUAUGCAGAAAUCCCUGAAAUGCCCUUAGAGAUUAUUAUAGGAUGUAGUGUUUUGGUUUUAAAUGUGUUGUAAUAAAGAUUUAAACCUGUUUGUU